AUGGGGGACUUAAAUUGUUACAGAGAUGCGAAGGAAAAAUCUGGUGGUAAUCCUUCUCGCUUCAGUAGACUUGAGGAAUUAAAUGGGUGGAUUUUUAGCUCUGGUACUAUUGACCUUAAUUCUAUUAGUUUGAAAUAUACCUGGUUUAAUGGGCAUGCCAAUGACCCAAUUAACAUAAAGUUGGAUAGAAUGCUGGUGAAUCAUAAAUGGCUUGAAACCUUUCCUCUUUCUUAUUACAAAGUGAUUCCCCCGGGCGUUUCUGAUCACUCCCCUCUCAUUCUUAUGGCUGGCCAACCCUCCUCGUUGGAUAGGAGAUUUCAAUUUAAAAAUUAUUGGUUGAAGUUAAAUCAGUAUUGGGAUGUUCUUAUUUCUUCUUUUUCCACUCAUCAUGGUGGGAGCCUAAUCGCAAACUUGUAUGGUAAGUUGAAAGUGUUGAAGGCUAAUCUUAAAUUGACUAACUGGUCCACUGAUCACUUCAUUAAGAACAAGCUAGAGGCUAUGGUACAUUAUCAAAAGGAUUGUAUUGAAUCCCUUCAACGCAACCCUCUGGAUCCUGCCCUCAAUUCUGCGUUGAAGACCAUUAACAAGAAUAUUGCACAUUUGAAUGGGGCUUGGUGCUCUUGGAUCUUUCAAAGAGCUAAGGCCAAUUGGCUAAGUUAUGGGGAAGACGACUUGAGUUUUUUGUAUGCUCGCAUCAACACUAGAUCUAAUUCCUCUAGGAUCAAUAAAAUCUGUACUGAUGAUGGUCACUUUGAUUCUCCUACUGAUAUUGCUAAGGUCAUUUGUGGGUAUUUUCAAAAGCUUUACAAUCCCCCUAUGUCCCAAAUUUAUUCUCAGGCUCAAUUUUGCCGUGGGGAUCUCUUUCCUUCCCAUCUGACCGAAUUUUUACUGGAGAAUGUGACUGAUGCUGAAAUUAAGCAGGCUAUUUUUGGAGGCCCGUCUGCCUCUGCCCCUGGACCCGAUGUCUUUUCUUUUGAAUUAUAG